AUGGACAUCGACACGCUUCUCACGCGUCAGAUGGAGUUGCACACUUCCGUGCGGCAGCCCCCGAAGAGCCCGCAGGACCUCGUACAGCUCAAGGACAUUAUGCGCAACUAUAAGCAUUACUUUGAGUCGUUGCGCACCCUGGCGGGGCGUUUCAACGUGGAGCCUGAGACUGUCUUCCAGUCCUUCAUGUUCAUCAGCGUCGGCGGCACCGUGAAUUUCGACCGACAACAUCAAGACGGCUUGGUCCCUAUGCACCAGGCCAAGGUGUUGACGCGCUCCAACGCGAUUGAGCUCGCCCAGAAACUGUGCAAAGAGCUUCAGAAUUCGGAGCUUAUGGUGUACGUUGGGCUCAGCCGUGACCUGCGCAACACGCUCCGCGUAAAGGUCGAGGAUGGCAACGAUCUCAAGACGGCUGAGAAGAGCGUGUGCGAGGCGGUCGAGUACCUCAGUUACAUUGAUCAUCGCGCGCACCACAACCCAGAUAAGUUGUACGCGCUCUACAUGGCCGAGGACCCGAGCUCGCUGGCCUCAUUGUUGGGCGACGGGGAAUCGUCAAUGACUGCCUUAUCGGGCACCUUUCAAGACACCUUCUCCGCGACGUUCUCGACCCUGCUGCUGCCCACGCUGGGCGACGACGGCAACCCGGUGGAGAGAGAACCAACGGCGCUGCCAAGUCCGCUGUCUUCCUUUCUACCAGAGCUGAAGAAGCAGUGCGCCGCCGCAAGUGAGGUGUCCUCCGUAAGCGGAGGCGCGACUAAGCGCCUCAAGGCGUCUCAGGUGCUCCUUGACUGGGUAGCGACACUCCCACCAGAGUACUUCGCCGCGCGCACCGAGGACAUCACGGGUGCGCUGGCAUCGACCCUCGCGCUCUUGGCUGCUGAAAAGCGGUCGGCGCUGUGUCGUGUGGGGUGCGACAUCAUCAUCAUGCUCAUGCAGCGCCUCUCGCCGGAGCCGGCGUUCAUCGAGGACGUUCACCGCUGCACGUGCAGCAGUAGUGCGUCCACCUUCAGUGGCGCGCUCUCGCUCUGGGUGUCAAGCUUGGCGAAGGGCAUUUAUGUCACGAUCGCUGCAAUCUCCUCAGCAACAGACGCGGCCUUACGCACCGUCGCCAUUCAAAGCCACGGACACCCAAGCGUGGUGAGGACUCUCUUGACGGCCCUUUCCGGCGGCGCGCAGACGGAGCUGCGGCGGAAGUGCCUGGGCUACCUCGCAUUGUGCGCUGUGGCAGCUCAUCAGCUGCGCCCCGAGCGGGUGCGGGAGCUAGUGCACCUUCUAGGCCCCAUCGCCCUGAAGUACGUCUCAAACGGCGACUCGCCGAGCCGCAAGAUGGCACGCGCGCUCUGCUCUGUACUACGCGUGUUGGCCCCCGCCGGGUUUUCUGAGGGGUGUGACGGGGUACUUCACAUUGCUGAUGAACGCAUCGAGCUCCUCGUGCAGCAGGAGCUGUCUCACGUUGAGCCAGCCGUUCGUGGCGGCCCUCAAGAGCUGGAAGGGCUCCUCUUCGAGGUGAGCACGUUUGUUUCCUCAGUUCGCUCCACGUUCUCUGCAGGAUCGCAAUGUAGCCUGCCCGGCAGCAUGCGAGGCCGUGGCGGCCGAACGGGCGCUGUGGCCGGCAGAAGCGCACUUCCCCAACGCGAUGUGGCGGCGACGCCCUGCGGAGGUCGUGGCCGUCAACGCACGUCGGGUGCCACCGAUGCGGGGACGGCUGCGGGAAGUGGAGUUUCGGCGCGGUGUACCGAAGGCACCGGCGCUACCGCUGCGGGGCAUCGUAGUGUCGCUCGGCUCCCUGCAUGCCAGUACCCGACAGGCCACGCGGGGCCUCAUGGGCGUGAGGUGGUGGAGGUGCAGGACCCUGCGCGCUGCUCAGUGGCUCGACGUGCUUUGCCAAGCGGCGGCCUCAGCCCGAUGUCCAUUUCUUCUGGUGGAUUGGCUCGUGCACACAAAGGUUCAUUUCAACAGGCAAACAUGCAGCACAGAAACAGCUACGACGCCCACGCAUUUCUCGGCAGCCCUGGCGCAAGCCCUAAGAGAGCGGCAAGGUGCGCCGCGGCCGAGGAGUCGUUCCACCGUGGUGUUACGUCUAGACAUACCUCCGCGGCGCAUGCACUACCGCGCGAGACCGGCUUUGGUGGGCACGGGGAAGGAACGGGGCACUUUACCAACGCCAAUGCCGGCUCGAGUAGGGAGCAUCACGCUCUCUUUCCAAGGCUUACAUCUACUCUGCGCCGGACACCCUGUGUUGGUCGUGCAGUCGCAAUGGAGGAGGGUGUGCUGCCACCGCCUCAUGGUGUAUCCGUGCCUAGCUCCGACCGACUCGUGCCGCUCUCAUUGCGAACCCACGUCGGUCACGGCAGUGAGUUUGUCUGCCGGGAUCGCGCCCCCUCGAGUUCCUUCAACGGUGUCACGGCUGCGGGGCCCGACGCGGUGCGCAUCAGUCAAUCACUGCGCCGCAAAAUCGAAGAGAACAAGGGGGCUCUGGAGUCGUGA